AUGUCCGGACAGAAGAUACGAUUCUUGACCUCUGCUGAGAAGAUGUCAUCUCUUGGCAAACACUCAAGGAUCGAUGAACGCAUGGAGGGCGACCCAAACGCCUUUGUCUCUGUUCUCAUUGAUGGAGACUGCUUUCAGAGUCUUUCUAGUUUCUGGACAAAUAAAUACGUCUGCAAUGACCAAGAUGGAGGCAGAGAAGCUGCCGCAGCAUUGACCCAUGCUAUCGGUGAUUGGCUGCUCAAUUGGAAGUUUGAAGUGAUGCCUUUGACAGUCCACAUCUCGGGCAAUCACGAAUGGCUCGGCGACGCCUAUUUUGAUGCGAAUGUGAUACCAAGCCGCGCGAACUUCGGCUGGUUUCUUCAAGGUUUCAACAGCGUUGAGUCAUUGGUUGAGUUCGUUCCCACUGAAGAGAGAAUAAGCAUUCCCGCUUAUCGAGGGCGCAGCCUAACGGACACCCUCAAAGUCAACCUCUUGGAUCCACACUGCAAACUGAUUCUUUUUGGAGGUGUGAUCGAUGAGAGCGCCACCAAGAUCGUGCAAGACUACAAUACAGCAACAGAAAAAUUGAUGGUCUUCAAGAACUCACGAGGCGCACAAAGCUUGACACGGUUACUGCCCAAGUUACAGCAAUGCUCGUUUCAAGGCAUAUUCCGUGACAUCGAGCAUCGACCCCAAGUAAAGAGGCCGAAGCCAGUCAUCUAUCGAAACGCCCUUGGUCAGAGAGUCGACCCUCCCAUCAGACCCAUGGAAUCGAUAGUCGUUGCACCGCCCGCCAUGAUGGACGACUUGAUAGUGAACAACUGA